AUGGAUAUUCCAUGGGCCCUCUUCAAAGUUAAUCACGUUGAUUUGGUGGGACCGCUGGAGGUAUCCAAUAACGCCCGGUACCUGCUAACCAUCAUCGAUCGCUACUCUUGGAGGCCAGAGGUUUUUCCUUCCGGCUGGGUGUCACGUUAUGGACUCCCAGAUACUAUUAUAUCAGAUCGCGGUGCCCAAUUCACCUCAGCUCUUUGGGACAACCUCUCCAAAUCCCUUGGUUUUUCCAUCCACCACACUACGGCUUACCAUCCCCAAUCCAAUGGGUUAGUCGAAAGACUUCACCGCCAACUCAAAGAUGCCUUACGCGCUCGUACGGCAGAAGUCAAUUGGUUUUACCAUCUUCCAUGGAUUCUCUUGGGGAUUUGCACAUCGCCCAAAGACGACUCCGGAUAUUCCCCUGCUCAGAUGCUUUAUGGGUCGAGUUUGAGAAUCCCUGGAAUAGUGUGCUCCUCCCUUCGCGAAGAUAUAUCUUCUCAUCAAUUGUGUCAAGAUCUCGAAGACUCUUUUCGGACUUUUGUUCCACCGCCCACAGUGUGCCAUGGUAAUCGUGGUAGUUAUAUGCCAUCCACUUUACAGUGCUGUUCACAAGUUUGGAUUCGGGUUGACAGACUUCGCCCGGCCUUGAGCUAUCCUUACGAAGGACCUUACACAGUGUUGCAACGAGGUUUGAAGACUUUUGUUGUCGAUGUCAAGGGAGUCCAGAAGACUGUCAGCGUUGAUAGAUUAAAACCAUGUAUCUCUGAACACACUCUCCAAGACACAUUGCACCGCACCCGUUCGGGUCGGUUAAUUAAACCUGUUCAGCCCUUUCAGGGCUAG